GUAAACAAAUUUUGCAUAAUUAUUUGUAUGUAGUGAGUGCCAGGCUUUUGAUUUCAGCUUCUUGAGAAGGUCUGUUGAUUCACAUGAUCAACAAAUAAGCUUUUUGUUUGACAAAAAACAAAAACAUGUUAGAUUAUGUUGCCAGGUGAUCCGACACAAUUUAGAAAUUGGAAACUGGAAAUUUAAAGAGCAUGCUAUGAGGCGGACAGGAAGAUUGGGUAUUGGAGGGGCACUUGGCCAGACUUCCGCCUUGGGUUUCAAUGAGAGUGGGGAAAGCAAACCUGCCAGUGUCACAAGACUGGAUAAAGAGAUACAGUCUUUGAAGUCCGAAAAUAAGAAAUUAAAAACUGAAUUGAAUGAUAUCCGAUCAUUGUAUAAGCAGCUGGUUGAUGAGGCUCCACAUGAGAAAUUUGAUGAGAGAAGAGUUAAUCUCCUCAAAUCACAGAUUAUUCAGCUGGAAAGACAAAUGCUUUUGUUGAAUGAGGCCCUGAGUUCACGCAGUGAGGCCCUGUAUGAGGUGGAGAAUAACUUGCAGUGGCUGGCUGACACAUGCAGAGGUUACAUAGUCCAGGAGGUGCGGGGCAGCCAGGUCCCUGUGGAGAGAGCCCAGCUUACACUCAUGGUGGAGACAGCAGAGUCGGCACGCAUCAAACUAUACAAACAGCUGGAGAACAACACCACCCAGAAGUUGAGCCGCCCACUGAGGUUUUACAGCGACUUCCUACUUACAACGGAGGAUGAUGAUGUCACAUUGUUUGAUGUUGCUCUGGGACAGCUGGAUCAUAUCAACCUCAAACAUGUGACCAAAUUAGAAUCAAAGCUGAGCUCCCUUUACUGUGACCUGAUCCAUCUACAUUCCAUCAUGGAGGAGGAGACGAAGAAUGAGUCAGCAUGUUUGUGGACUUCCUGUCACGUGACCCAGGCUUCCAGAGAGAGACUGGCAACACAGAUUUUAACCUCCUGUGCCAGGCUGAAAGAGUGCAGCUCAGAUCUCAUGGAGUUGUCCCUGUUAUAUCCCUGCGCACCAUGGCCUCCAUUGAAAAGAAAUGCCCUAAAAGAGAUCACAUCAGAGAGAGUGAUCCAGUGUCUCCCUGGAAAUCCAAGGUCAAGGUCACCAGAUACAGUCAAUGUCAUCCAAGCACUUGUUAAGGCUUACAACUAUAAAGUCUACAUGUUGAAUAACCAGUUGCAGGCCCUGAAAGGAGAGGUGAAGUACCACAAGAAAGUCUACAAUCUUCAGCUCAAGUACACUGAGUCUCUCUUUCAGGCCAUCAGGGAAGCAUACAGUGGGUUUGAAGCCAUGAGCAAUGAAGUCAUUGUGAAACCUCUUAAGGAUGUUUUAGAGGCCUUUGUGGACCUGAGCCAGUCAGCAUCAGAGGAGGCGCUCCGAUGUUUCAUGAAGACAUUCAGGGAUAAAGUACCCCAGCUAUCUGAUGUUAUUGAAACCCUGUCUGUCAAAGAGGAGGAGUCUGAAGGUUCAAAGAUGUUAUCGCAAUAUGGAGAUGAGUUUUUUCGUGUCCUUGAGAAAAUCAUGCACGAGCAGCAAUGCAAACGUGACCGUGAGGCAGAGAAAGUAGACCAUGUGAGACAGGAGCAAGAUAGACUGGACACCAACCUCAGGGAGAUACUCGAGCAGCAGGAGGCCAGACUACAACAGAUAUCGAUGAUGUCAUCAGAACAUGAGAACACAGAUGGUGUGAUGUCAUCAGAUUAUGGACAAUCUGAACAGAGUGACAACAAAUGGACGUCUGAAAUGAAUAGUUCUGCUAAACAAAGAGAUCUUAGUGUUGAAAUAUAUCUACCUGGAGAUUCAAACAAGGGCCAAGAACAGGUCAAAGACAAAGCAGAUAGUAAAUUAAAGAAACAAGGAAAACCUUUGCAUAAAAAAGAAUGGGUUAAUGUACUUGAUCAUCAUUUGGAAAGGGAUUUGAGUGAAUUGAGUGUAAAUGAUCAGGAAUCUGAUACGGGUAAACUCUCUGAUGCAGAAUUGUUAGCUUAUCAUCAAAACACAAUUCCAGAUGUGAAUGUUAAUCUACCUCAUCCAAAUAGACUGGAAGGCAGGAAACUGCCAAGUCUUGACAACGAACCCACAGAUAGUGCUGCUUCUAAGUCUAAAAUUAAGAAGAAACUGAACUAUGUUCCCAACACAUUUGUUCCCAACAGAACACUGAAGUUGCGAAGGUCAGGCAGCCAGACAAGACUUGGAUCUGCUGAGAAUACCAUGACUAACUCUGACACCAGCUUGGAUCAAACUAACACUGAGCAUCAUGUAAAGAGUGAUAGGUCUAGGUCCAAAGAUGAAACUGCUAUAAGAAAAGGCACAAAACCAGAAGCUAAAUUUAGAUCAAAACCUGCCUUCAGAUGAUGUUGUAAUUAUUAAGCCUAAAUUACAGUCUGGUAUAUAUUGGAGAUUACCUGGAAUAAACUAUGCAUUUAUUUUAAAAAUAACACACUAAACAUUCAUCUUUUAUUAUUAUUUUUAAUCUUUUUUCUUUCUAGUGAACAAGUUGAGAAAAUAUUUUUGAUGUGAUAUAAAAGUUACUAUAUUUUAUAUAUAUAUAUAUAUAUAUA